CUUGUCCGGACUUGAAGCCUCGGGAGAAGGGCGGGCCGGCGGGCCGCUGGCUGCGAACCCAUGUGGCGGGGCCUGUGGACCCUGGUAAACCUGACGGCGCGUGGGCCUCGCAGUCUCAGGCCGUUCACGCGCCAGGGCAGCGGUGCCCCGGCCCCGGGUUCCGGAGCCACCAUAUUCGCGCUGAGCUCGGGCCAAGGCCGCUGUGGCAUCGCUGUGAUUCGAACUAGCGGCCCCGCCAGCGGCCACGCCCUCCGGAGCCUCACUGCACCGCAGGAAUUGCCCAGGGCUCGCUACGCCUCCCUGCGCCUGCUCCGCGACCCCCGCUCCGGGGAACCGCUGGACCGCGCGCUGGUGCUCUGGUUCCCAGGUCCCCAGAGUUUCACUGGUGAGGACUGCGUGGAGUUCCACGUGCAUGGAGGCCCAGCCGUGGUGAGCGGCGUCCUGCAGGCCCUGGGCAGUGUGCCUGGGCUUCGGCCAGCAGAGGCAGGUGAGUUCACCAGGCGGGCGUUUGCUCACGGGAAGCUGAGCCUGACUGAAGUGGAAGGCUUGGCUGAUCUGAUCCAUGCGGAAACGGAGGCACAACGGAGACAGGCCCUGAGGCAGCUGGAUGGGGAGCUGAGCCACCUGUGUCAUGGCUGGGCAGAGACCCUCACUAAGGCUCUGGCCCACGUGGAAGCCUAUAUUGACUUCGGUGAGGAUGACAACCUGGAGGAAGGUGUUCUGGAGCAAGGUGGGUCUGCCUGGAGAUGGGGAUAUGGGUACACUUGCCAUCUCCACUCCCUAAAAUCCUUCUGCUUUCCUUUACUCACAGCUGACAGCCAAGUACGGGAGCUGGAGGUGGCCCUGGGUGCACAUCUUCGAGAUGCCAGGCGUGGACAGAGGCUUCGUUCAGGCGCGCAUGUUGUAGUCACAGGACCCCCCAAUGCUGGCAAGAGCAGCCUGGUGAACCUGCUCAGCCGGAAGCCCGUGUCCAUCGUUUCUCCGGAGCCAGGGACUACCCGCGAUGUACUAGAGACCCCUGUGGACCUGGCUGGGUUCCCGGCACUCCUGAGUGACACAGCGGGGUUGAGGGAGGGCGUGGGCCCAGUGGAGCAAGAGGGCGUGCGGCGUGCCCGAGAGAGGCUGGAACAGGCUGACCUCAUUCUGGCCGUGCUGGACGCCUCUGAUCUGGCCUCUCCAUCCAGCUGCAACUUCCUGGACACAAUUGUCACCACCACCCAAGCCCAGAGUCCCAGUGGGAACAACCAGAGGCUCCUAUUAGUAUUGAACAAGUCAGACCUGCUCUCCCAGGGGAGCCCAGGCCCCGGUCCUGAGCUGCCCCCCUACCUGCUGCUGUCCUGCCUGACCAGGGAGGGGCUGGAUGACCUCCUGGAAGCACUGCGAAAGGAGCUGGCUGCAGUGUGUGGUGACCCGUCUUCAGGCCCACCUCUUCUGACACGCACCAGGCACCAGCAUCACCUCCAGAGCUGCCUGGAUGCCCUCAGUCACUACAAGAAAGCCAGAGACCUCGCCCUGGCAGCUGAGGCACUUCGGGUUGCCCGGGGCCACCUGGCUUACCUCACAGGGGGUGGUGGCACAGAAGAGAUCCUGGAUGUCAUCUUCCGGGACUUCUGUGUGGGCAAGUAAGGGAGCUGCUAAUUCAGACCCAGCUGGGUGGGCACGUGGAAGUUUUGAGGACUCUGGCAUCAGUUUAAGCCAAGAGACAAGUUUUCUUGGGGAGGAACUUGUCACCAGAGUAACUGCCUUCAUGGGAGCAAGCCCCCCGUUGCUGCCAGUGAUCAAGCUGUGAUUGACCAGAUCUCUUUGGGGAUUUCUGGGUAUUCAAGCCUCAGAGAGGGGCUGAAUGGAGAUCUCUUAGGGUCCCCGAUGCUGGAGAAGAUGAGUAGUGGGUUGGGACAAAGGAAGGAAGAUCUCAGGGGUACUUGCUUUGUGGCUUUUAAUUUAUUUUGCAGAUACCAAAGACACAUAAAAAACUCAAUUGCUCUAGAAAUGUUUACAUGUGGAAUUCUCCCCUCUCCCCAGCUCAAUUUGAGUCCCUCCAGAAUUUUCUCUGUGUGUUUAUAUUUGCAUUCUUAUAGAUGCACUGAUAAAGUACAUGUUUUACAUUUUGUACAUAAAUUGUGUAUACAUUGC